AUGAAUGGAAUGUGGAGGAAGCUGAGAAACAGACUACUGAGGAAGAGGAGGAAGAGCCAAAGCCGGUUGUUUGUGGUGCUGAUGAUGCAGAGAGGAGGCUUCAGCAGAGACCAGGACCAGCCGUCCUCCUGCAGCGCUAACCCACUUCUCCCUGCAGUCCUGCUGCACACCCAGCAGGUUUCCAUGUCAAGGUCGGCUCAGAUGCCGCUUUCCAACAUCUCUGUGCCAAAGCCCUCCAUCUCCAGGGUUCCCAGCAGCAUGGAGGGCAUCAACCACGAGCUGGAGAAGGUCUUCAUCAAAGACAACGGUGAAAAAGAGGAGCUCAAGUCCCUGGAGGUCCCAGACGGCCGCCGGGCCCCCUUCCCCCCACAGCAACGCAGCAGCAGUUCCCGCAGCGCUGACACUCAGACCCCAUCAGGCCCGGGUCGAUCCAGCAGCUGCUCCAGCCUGUCGCCGUGUCCCUCCCCAGCCUGCCCACCAAGAUCCCACGACGGUAGCCCGUACUCCACAGAGGACCUGCUGUACGAACGCGACAAAGGAGACAGCGGAAGCAGCUCGCCUCUGCCUAAGUUCGCCUCUUCGCCCAAACCCAACAACAGCUACAUGUUCAAACGGGAGCCUCCUGAGGGCUGUGAGAAGAUCAAAGCCUUUGAGGAAAUGAGCUCCAGACAGUCUGCAACACCGUCUGCCCCCCUCUUCUCCUGCCCCGACAAAAACAAGGUUAACUUCAUCCCCACAGGCUCCGCCUUCUGCCCCGUCAGACUGCCUGGCUCGCUGCAACUGGAGUCUGGCCGGGCCGCGGUCUUGGAGCCCAGCCAGGACGGUACGUCUGCCUCACAUCUACAGGGGGCGUCCUCGCUCCACGGCGCCCCCACUCAGGUCUCCACGAGCACCAGCACAGACGACCCCCCCGUGGAGCCCUCACCCUCAGAGACUGCAGAGCCUGAGCAGGACAGCCCGGCCAUCAGCUAAACCUGAGCAGAGCUGGACUCUGUCUCCUGGCCCCUUCCUAGUGAGCACCGCAACCCACUGUCCUGGCAGGGAGGGGGGACGGUCUUUGUGCUGACCCCUUCCGACCCCUUCUGUCUCUGCAUGACACAGCAACCAUGUUUCCCCGAGGUCCACCCCACCGACUCCACCAAGACUCGUGCUCUGUGCCGCAGACAGCCAGGCUGUCUGAGGGCUCGUGAACGCACCGCGGCAAGGCGGUCUGGGGGUGGGGCAUGCAUCUUAAUGUGGUAGUAUAUUUCUGAUUAAGUUAUAUGUUCAAUUCUGUUCUCACUGUAUAAAUAAGCUGCAAACAUAUAUAGAUAAAUAUAUAGAGAGAGUUAUCUAAAUACAUUAUGAAGAGUAAAGGAAGAUGGGGGAUUCUGGGUCACUGAUCUGGCUUCAGUUGCAUCUGCCCCCCCGAGUGCAGUGCCUCCUUCUGGUGACUUCAGCACACUCUGACCGGGGGCAGCUCCUCUUCCUCCUCCUCCUCCUGCUGCUUGUGAUAAAUACUCUCUGUGGAGAAGGUCGAGUGGGGAAAUUGGACCGUCGUGAAUGCAGAUUGGAGAUGCAGCAUUUGGGAACAUCUGUAGUUAAUCUUAGUUGCAGCAACUACUUAUGUCAAACGGGACCAAUGGAACUGCUGUCACACCUGUAGAUACAGCAGACCAGAGGAAAAGUUGGGCUCGAUUUGAGAGCCUUUCUUUCAGGACGUCUUUAAAGAAGUUUCCUGCAGGAAAAACGAAACUUUCAGAUCAAUCUAAUCAGAAUUAAGCAUCUACAGUGCCGGCUUUACUCAUGAUUAUUCUAAUUUGACAGAAUCAGAACAAAUCACAGUUGAAAAUGUUAGAAUUCAAAUUUAACAAUGGAGCAGUCAGAGUGAAAAUGUUUAGCUGGUGUUUGCUUCAUUUUCAACCAUUUUUGUUUGUGUUUUUGACGUUUAACAUGAAUUUCUUUAUCGUUCUGGCAUCUGUAGUUAGAAGUUCAACAGAAACUGGAGCAGGAAACCGAACGUUCUGGACAAAGCUGUGCUGAUGGUUGUCGAACGGGAAGUUUCUGUUUUUGUUUAAGAGCUUCAGAUCUGUGUUUCUGUACGUCUGCUCUGCAUCCAGCUCCAUCCCAAAGCACACAUUCCAAGCGAAACCAUUCCCAUCACCUCAUCCUCCUAAGGAGGUUGGAAGUAGGACCAGCAGGCAGCUCCAAGGAAAACCCACAAAUCAAAAAUUAGCCUGCGGAGGUUGUGUUCCUGCCCCCCACCCAAUGCACCUUUACGCACUAUGGCAAUAAACCUGGUUGUCUGGUCCA